AUGGCGACCGCUCAGCCGGUAAGUAGGCCGCCCGCCAAUGCAUCGCAUCUGGACAAUUCCAAUUCUGCGUUGAAGCCCAUAAAUCUCCUUCGUGGCUGGCCUGCACCCUCACUUUUGCCAGCUGCUGCCCUCCAAUCCGCCUCGGCGUCCGUCCUUUCUGACCCCAGCAUAUCGGUCCCGGCCCUCCAAUAUGGACCAGACCCGGGGUUCCAGCCGCUGAGGGAGCAAUUGGCGGGGUGGCUCUCGGAAUUCUAUGGCACAGACGAGACCGCCGACCGGAUCGCCGUCACCGGUGGUGCAUCGCAGAGCGUGGCCUGUAUCCUACAGAGCUACACGGACCCGAGCUACACGCAGGCCGUGUGGAUGGUUGCGCCGUGCUACUUUCUCGCCUGCCCCAUCUUCCGGGACUCUGGGUUCAACGGCCGGCUGCACGCCGUGCCCGAGGAUAACGAGGGCAUCGACCUCGAGUUCCUUGGCCGGGAAAUUGCCAAGCUCGAGGCCGAUAGCUAUGGCCGGGACGGAACCUCGGGUCCGCGGUACAAGGACCCCAAACCCUACCGCAAGAUUUACCGUCACAUAUUUUACUGCGUCCCCUCCUUCUCCAACCCCUCGGGCAAGACCAUGAGUCUGGCGCGGCGGCGCGGCCUCGUCGAGCUGGCCCGCGAGUGGGAUGCCCUGGUGAUCUGCGACGACGUAUAUGACAUGCUGCAGUGGCCGCUGAUCCCGGCGACGAACCUCUCCCCGGAACUCCACACCGCCGAGCAUCCCUCGCGGCUCACGACGUCGGUGCUGCCGCGGCUGGUGGACAUUGACACGCAGCUCGGGCGCAGCCGGCACGACCCCGUCGGGCAGCACUUUGGCCACGCCGUGAGCAACGGGAGCUUCUCCAAGCUCGUCGGGCCGGGCAUGCGGACGGGCUGGGUCGACGCGACGCCCGAUUUCGCCCUGGGCGUUGCGCAGACGGGCUCGACAAAGUCGGGCGGCGCCCCGAGCCAGUUCUCUGCCGCCGUGCUGUCGGCGCUACUGGGCAGCGGGGGCUUGGCCCGGCAUAUCGAGGAGAACCUCAAGCCGGCCUACCAGCGACGGCAUGCCCUCAUCAUGGAUGCGGUGCGGCGGUUCCUCGUCCCCCUGGGCGCCGAAGUGCGGGCCAACAGUCUCGAGGGCGGCGAUGGGGAGCGAGAGCACAUUUUUGGCGGCUACUUUAUCUGGAUACACUUUCCUGGGGGACCCAGUACAAAAUUGAUCAGUGAUCGCUGCCGAGAGGAGAAUCUGGCGAUUGGCGCCGGCGCCCUUUUUGAGGUGCAGGGCGACGAGGACGCCGUCCGGCUAGACAAGGACAUCCGACUGUGUUUUGCAUGGGAGGACGAAGAGGAUCUGGUUGAGGGUGUGGAAAGACUUGCGAAAGUGGUUGAUGCCAUACAAAAAGGUGGUGAACACGCGGCUAGUAAAAGAAAGGCACCAAGUGAUGAAAACGACGAUGCGGAUCAGUUCAAGUAA